UUCUUUGCUACAAGUAUUUAACUUUCCGUCUGACUUCCCUAGCAAACCCAUCCCAUAGAAUCGGAAUUCCAGAAUGGCGGUGGACAAGAUCGACGUCACCGGCGAUUCGCGAGUUGACCGCCGCUCCGCCAACCUCAAUGGCAAGACAUACAGCUAUCUAUACAGCGAGCCAGAGUCAGGAAUCUGGCGCGCCACCAUCUUCCUCCUCCAUGGCUUCCCCGACCUCGCCAUGGGCUGGCGCUAUCAGAUCCCGAUGUUGCGGAGUUUGGGAUUAAGGGUAGUUGCGCCAGACUGUCUGGGCUACGGGCAAACAGACGCACCCGAAGACAUCAAUCUCUACUCACACCGCAACUGCGCCAAUGACAUCAAAGAACUCGCCUCCCAGCUCGGCGCGGAGCAGAUCAUCCUGGGCGGACAUGACUGGGGCGCAGCCCUCACCUACCGCGUAGCCCUCUGGCACCCGGAGCUCGUAACGCACGUCUUCACAAUCUGCGUACCGUACGCCGCGCCAACACGCCACUUCCUCCCGCUGGAGGAACUCACCCGCAAGAUCGUGCCGCACUUCGGCUACCAGCUGCAGUUCCGGAGCGGGGCGCUGGAGCGCGCGGUGCAGUCGCGCGACGAGAUAAAGCGGUUCCUGUUGGCGCUGUAUGGGGGCCGCACGGAUGAGGAAGACGGUCAGCGGGUCGCGUUUGAUGCUGAGGUUGGGGUGCUGUGGGAUCGCGUGCGCAGGGUCGGGGGGUCGGGGUUGUUGAGUGAGAGCGAACUCGAGUUCUACGCUGCUGAAUUCGAGAGGAACGGGCUGCGCGGUCCUUUGAACUGGUAUCGCACCCGGCAGAUCAACUACGAGGACGAAUUGGCUAUCCUCAAUCGCCGCAUCAUCGCCCCCCUGCUGUUCGUUCAGGCGCUGAAGGACCCCGCGCUCCCGCCGCAUCGAGGCGGGGGCAUGACGAAGACGAUCCCGCACUUGACCUAUAAGCACGUCAAUACGGGCCAUUGGGCCCUGUGGCAGAAGCCUCAGGAGGUUAAUGAGAUUAUUGCGUGGUGGUUGGAGGAGGUUGUUUUUGGAAGGGCGGGGUUGUCGAGGUUGUAG